GCCAUCUCCAAGUCUUAUAUCACCCUUCGAGGGACUUGGAGAUCGCUAGAAUACUAAACAAUUGCCCUCGACCCCAUCGACCCCAUAUACCCUAAUCUAAUACGAUGUCGAACGGAGUAAACGGCCAGACGACAGCCGAUGGCUCGUCCGAGUCUCAUAAUUCCUCGCAACGGUAUUUGAGUACCAGAGGCGACGACUACGACCUUUCCUUCGAGGAAGUUGUGUUGAAAGGUCUAGCAACUGAUGGGGGUUUAUAUAUCCCAGAGGAAAUCCCCAAGGCAAGCAAUUGGGAGAGCUGGAAAGAUCUGUCCUUUCCCGACCUCGCCCUCGAAGUCUUGUCUUUGUACAUUGCGCCAUCUGAGAUUCCGCGCGAAGACCUGAAAGGAAUCAUCGAUAGAAGUUAUUCUACCUUCCGUGCACCUGAGACCACACCCCUACGACAUCUCCACGACAACCUAUAUCUCCUAGAACUUUUCCACGGUCCUACAUUUGCCUUCAAGGACGUCGCUCUACAAUUCUUAGGCAACUUAUUCGAGUACUUUUUGGUGCGAAAGAAUGAGGGAAAGUCGGGUAGUGAUCGACAUCAUCUCACUGUAGUUGGUGCUACAAGUGGUGACACCGGAUCAGCGGCCAUCUACGGUCUUCGCGGAAAGAAAGAUGUAUCGGUGUUCAUCUUACAUCCCAAGGGCAGGGUCAGCCCUAUCCAAGAAGCCCAAAUGACCACAGUGUUAGAUGCCAAUGUCCACAACUUGGCUGUUACGGGCACCUUCGACGAUUGCCAGGAUAUUGUGAAAGCCCUAUUCGCCGAUCCUGAUAUCAACUCGACCCUCAACCUUGGAGCGGUGAACUCCAUUAACUGGGCUAGAAUUCUCGCCCAGAUAGUUUACUACUUCUACUCUUACUUCUCACUGGUCAAGUCUUCUGGCUUGGCCUUAGGCGAGAAGGUCCGAUAUGUUGUGCCUAGCGGCAAUUUCGGCGAUAUUCUAGCCGGUUACUUUGCGCACAGGAUGGGUCUUCCUGUGGAGAAGUUGGUCGUUGCCACAAACGAAAACGAUAUCCUUGAUCGAUUCUGGAAGACCGGAAGAUAUGAGAAGAAGCCUGCCUUCGGCCAAGAGGCUCAGGGAGGCUUGGAGGUUGACGGUGUAAAAGCGCACGAAGAUGGCGUCAAAGAGACCUUGAGUCCUGCCAUGGACAUUCUUGUCUCGAGUAACUUCGAGAGAUUACUCUGGUUCCUAGCCUACGAAUUUGCCUCUGUGGCAGGUAUGGAUGAUGAGUGGAACAGAAGACAAGCCGGCCAGGAGGUCUCUUCGUGGAUGAAGCAACUGAAGUCGAGCGGUGGUUUCGGUCCGGUCUAUCAGGACGUGCACUCUAGUGCCAAACGUGACUUCGAAAGCGAACGGGUGAGUGAUUCGCAGACGAUUGACACAAUCAAGAGUUAUUUCAAGAAGAUCGACUACGUCUUAGAUCCCCACUCGGCAAUUGGCGUGGCUGCCUCAUUACGGUCACUGGAACGUUCUAAGGCACCACACAUCUCGCUCUCGACCGCCCACCCGGCCAAGUUCGCCGGCGCAGUCGAGAUGGCUUUGAAGGAUGAAGCCGGAUUUAACUUCGAGGAGAAAGUGCUCCCGACCGAGUUCCACGGCUUGGAGGCGAAGGAGAAGAGGGUCACUGAGGUCAUCAGCGACUGGAAGACGGUUAGAGAGAUCGUCAAGAAGCAGGUGGAGGAAGAGUUGAAGGGCGGAGCAUAGGACGGCGUUCAACCAUUUAAUUUUGCAUCGGACGCAUUCAUGGACCAUGUGCAUUGAAUUUUUACGCGCUCAUAUUUGCACGUAGAAUAAAUCUAUAAAUCAAUAAAUACCCUCUAAAUCAUCC